CGCAGAUGGGUGGGGGGGCGUGUGGAAACUGAUCCGCCACAGACUCUCUUAACGUACUGUCAAAGCGGAGAGACACGGAAACGCCCUGUCAGUCUCCACAUCUCUGGAGAAACAUCUGAACUGAUUCAACAGGGCACAGGCUGAAGUAGCUGGAGGGACCAGAAACAUCUGAGAUUUGAUUUUGGAAGUAUAGAGGCGCUCAUGGCGCCAGCUCGGCUGCUUUAGGAGGGUCACUUCAGUGGAUUUUAGUGGGAGAAACUCGUCUGUUGUUGGAUGUCAGUCAGAAGAAUGGAUGCGUUCAGAUUGUCCGCUGCUAUUCUUCUAGUUCUGUCUUUAUUCAGCUGUGGAAGCGCUAUACAGUUUCCCGACUCCCAUCUGACCCGGAAAUGGGCGAUGCAGAUGCAGGAGGAGCUAGUGCAGUUGAUCGAUGAUGAGACCGGCAUAAAAGAGCUCCAAAAUAUUUUCCUGCAGUUUCGGCAAUAUUAUAACGUGAAGCAAAACGACGCUAAACAGCUGGUGGAAAACGCUGCACUUGAAAUCGAGAAACUUCUUGCCAAUCGUUCCACAGCUCUAAAGGCGCUGGCGACGGCAGCGGAAAACCUGCAGAUGGAGCACCAGUGGAAGGAUGAUCUUGAAGUUGAUGAUACCAUCUACUACAAUGCCAAGGACAAGUUUGACAUCAAUGACAAUGAAACGCGCCAGAACCGCCUCAAGCUAGAAUUCAAAGAGGAUCCUGAUUUCAGACGCCCUGUUUCAUACAACACAACAGCAGUGCACAUUCCCACUGAUAUCUACGAGGGCUCCACUAUAAUCCUGAAUGAGCUUAACUGGACUGCGGGUCUGGAUGACAUCUUUAAGAAGAACAAGGCGGAUGACCCUUCCCUUCUCUGGCAGGUGUUUGGCAGUGCCUCUGGCCUGGCUCGAUACUUCCCAGCUUCCCCAUGGGUUGACACGAGGAACACACCGAACAAGAUUGACUGUAUGAUGUAUAUUCAAGGUGCAGCUUCACCUAAAGACAUGUUGAUCCUGGUGGACGC